GCAUCAUCAACUAUGUGAAAAAUUCAAAUCGGUAUUUGCGACAUUUCGUGACGGCACAACCAAUUGCGUGGCCGGAAUUACCUCCCAGAAUGCGUCGCGCAGCUCCUCUAUCAUGUGGCAAGCAAUUCCAAAGGUUAUCAAACAACUUAGCGUCUCAAUGGAGCAAGGUCUUUAGCACAAGUCUUCUGCGUUUCACCUGAUUUCUUAUUGCCGGUCACGGUGUGGACAAAUAUAGCACUUAUCUAGCAAUGCGAUUCUUCUUAAAAUGAGAAAUCUGCUUUUGACAUCGUAAUGGCUGUUUGUAAAAGUCGAGCGGUAAAUUCCACAGAAGUGGCAAGCAUCAACAGCUCACCUAUGUUUGCGAAUGACAUUCAACGACAGCGUGCAUGUUCUUCACCUCUGAACACGUCACCAGACCGACCAAUAGGUUAUGGAGCCUUUGGUGUUGUAUGGUCUGUCACCGACCCUCGAACUGGUAAACGCGUAGCUUUGAAAAAAAUGCCCAAUAUCUUCAAGAAUAUAACAUGUGCAAAGAGAGCCUUUCGCGAAUUGAAGAUGCUGAGCUGUUUUGAUCAUGAAAAUGUUUUGUCCAUUCAAGAUAUAGUUCAUCCUGGACCAAUAGAUAACUUUCAAGAAGUGUACAUUGUCACUGAACUAAUGCAGUCUGAUUUACAUAAAAUCAUAGUUUCUCCACAACCACUUAGCAUGGAUCAUGUAAAAGUUUUUCUCUAUCAAAUUCUAAGAGGCUUAAAAUACUUGCAUUCUGCUGGAAUUUUACACAGAGAUAUAAAACCUGGGAAUUUAUUAGUUAACAGUAAUUGUUUGUUGAAGAUUUGUGACUUUGGUCUUGCAAGACUGAAAGAACCAAAUGAAAGUAUUAUGAUGACUCAAGAGGUUGUUACACAGUAUUAUCGAGCUCCUGAAUUAUUGGCCGGUGCAAAUCAUUAUACAUCUGCAGUUGACAUUUGGUCUGUUGGAUGUAUCUUUGCUGAAUUGAUGAGCAGAAAAAUACAAUUUCAAUCCAGUAGCCCUGUACAACAACUAAAUCAAAUUGUUGAUCUUCUUGGAACUCCAAGUGUUGAGGAUAUGAAUGAUGCGAAAGCCAGUGAUGGUGCCAUGACUUAUCUUCUUUCAAAACAGCAGAAACUGCCCAGACUUGAUACCUUAUACAAUCUGUCAAAUUUGGCCAACCAUGAGUCCGUUCAUCUUAUCAGUAGAAUGCUCGUUUUUAAUCCAACAAAGAGAAUCAGCUGCAGUGAUGCCCUCUCCCACCCAUAUCUUGAAGAGGGUCGACUUAGAUAUCAUUCUUGCAUGUGCAAUUGUUGUUUUCAUUCUGUCUCUGGGAGACACUUUAGUUCUGAUAUGGAUCCUGUUGCCAAACAACCAUUUGAUGAUAGCUAUGAAAAUGGUCUUUAUACACCAUACCAAGUCCGAGAGAAGAUCUAUCAGUUCAUGACUGAAAGACAGAAUCACCAAGUACCACUUUGCAUCAACAUGGCUUCUCCUGCUUUCUCAACUUUUAAAAGGUCAACUGUGGCUCCUCAACCAGUGUCAACAGACUCACCACAGCAAUGGUAGUACAAGUUAUUGUCCUCCUUUGUUAACACUCCAUUUAAAGAGCAUGUUGGAAUCUCUGUGAUAUAUCGAAGUUGUUGUCAUAACCUGAUGGGUAUAGUCUAUAACUACAAAUGGUUGUUCACAGGAUUUUGGGUCAAGAAUAGAUAACUGCCUAAGAACACUGGGAAUAAGUCAUAUCCUGGCUUUUUUCCUACGUACUUUGGCAAUCUUUAUAAAAUUUGCAAUGUCAAUAGCACUAUUGAAAGUAGCUGUAGUUGUGGUAAGCAACAAUGUCAAGAAUUUAUUAUUUUGGGUGCGGCAAGCUUAAGGAUAAUAAUAGGUUACAAAAGUUAGAAAGUAACAUUUUUUAUCAUUUUCUGCAUUCUAACACUUAUUGAGUUCUAGCACCUGUACAUAAUAUAAUUAUUAAUUUAAUUUGUAAUUUUGGAAAGGAAAGUUUAGGCAGAUAGAUAGUGGAGGUAAAAUAUGCCUGGUCUAUUUAUUUAUUUAUUUUUCACUGUGGAUGAUACUUUUAAUGCCAGGAAAUAAUGAAUUUUUUCUUUAACUUAUGGAAUGUUUUAAAUAAAGAAUUGCAAUGAAA